AUGAGCUUCUUCGGUUUCGGCGGUUUCGGCAGCCCGGAGCAGGCCCAGCAGCCUGCAGAAGAUGCGCGCCCGACGCAGGAAGACGCUCAAGUCCGCGGCCAACAGCACCCGCCGUCCGAAGCUCUGUUGACCGCUCUGAUGCCGCCCUCGCCCCUCAAAGACGAAGGCGCGUCGACCACGAGUGCGCGGGAGUCGCUGCUGCCGCCCCUGCAGCCAACGGGAUUCUCAGAUGCCAUUGUCGGCCCAGACGCAUCGGGCAGCAGCGCAUCUGCACCAUCAUCGGAUUCGAAGACCCUCAUGGCAGUGUCGCCGCGGCGCAGCCUCGCCGUAUGGGGCUCACCUGUUGAGAAGGAGACCGGGGCGGCUGCCGACCUGCGCCCCCAGAAUGGCCCGACGAAGCGGCCUUCCCCAUCGAUGCAGUCGUCGCAGACCACCACAGCGAGCCAGCAGCCGUCAGAGCCGCACAACGAGGGAGAGGGAGAGGUGGAGGAGGACGAGUGGGGCGGGGAGGGCAGGCGCGCGGCGUCUGUGUUUGCGCUGCUGCGGCAGGGGCGGUCGGUGUCAUCUUCCAAGGGGGCUGCUGCCCGUCAGGGAGGGGACGAGGGGCAUGGCGGCCAGGGGGAGAAGGGAAAGAUGGAGAUCGUGGGUGUAGCUGUAGCUGACGAGCGUGCUGUGGUGCUGACAGACAAGGUUGAGGAGACUCCAAAACAUGGACGGGCCAAACAGGUAAGGAAGGUCGGGAUGAGCAGAGCAGGAGAAAGGACCGAGCGAGAGCAACAGAGACCACGCUCUGUGUUCGUUGCCAUCAGGCUUCUUCUGUUCACGUGGCUGAGAGGAACGUUUGCUGGCCCGCGGCGGCCGAGCGGCCGGUCCCGUCCGACGAGUCGACGCCCACCGGCUCGCCGCAGAAAGACAAGACGGCCGCCCGCGUAGCUCACGAGUGCAUCAUGGACAUCCUUGCGGCCUGUGACGGCAAUGGUGAGGAGGGACAGGAGCCCAGCAGCAGCAGCAGCAGUGGUAGCCGUGUGCAGCAGCAGACGGGCGACUAUGGCAGUGCCGGAGGGGUGCAGCGUGGCAUUAGCGAGGGGGAAGGGGGAGAGAGGGGGGAAGUUCGCGAGAGGGAGGAGGACAACAGCCCAUGGAACAUCCUCGUCAAGGCCCAAGAGGCCAAGUGAGAAGACACCAAACUCGCCAAACACACCUCCCCGUGACAUCUCUCCUUUUGUUUGUAUGUGUGUGUUGCAGUGAGAGCCAAAGGCGUGCGCCGAACCGCCCGUCCAAUCCGCUGUACGAGCCCGUCUCCUCUCGCCGGCUCUCACCCGACGCUCUCUCCGCCAGCCCGCCCCCAUCCCGCGAUCGCAAAAACAUGGGCGGCAGCCCGAGCGGCCAGACAUUCUCAAGCGGCCUCGAUGCGAUCUUCGCACAGAGCCGGCUCAUGGAAGAGCAGCAGCCCCGCGGACACAAGGAUCGGCGCGACACGGGGGGCGGGGCCAAGCGGGGCGCCAUCCACCACCACGGCAAAAACAGAGAUCGCGACCGCGACCGCGAGCAUCACAGCAGCACCACUAACAGCAGCCCCCCGCUGCCGUACACACUCAACGGCUAUGGAUCGACUCCAGUGACCAUAUUGCCACCGCCGCAAGGGAACAACAGCAGCGGCAGCAGGGGCGGGGGAGGUGGCAGGGGACGAGAUAGAGAUCAUGGUGGCCGGGGAGGCGGCAUGAGUCGGCGCGAGGGCGGCCGGGGCGGGGGGGAGGGGGCCAGUGGCGGGGCGGGUGGGUAUAAUAGUGCAGGAGGACUCGGAGGCGGGGAGGGGUCUGCCAACCACAUGUUUCUCGAGAUACAGCAGCGGCUCAUGCACGUCAAUGCACUCCUCGACCCUGGUACGCUACGCACACACGGCCCACCACAGACAGAGACAUUUAGGUACAGGUGCCCACACACUGAGGCGCUCUUUGCUCUCUUCCUAACCAUCACUUCAGAUAAUGUGGAUGAGUGUCGCCGUCUGGUGAUGGGUGAGGAUUCCCGGGAAGGCCGUCUGGAGAAGGUCCUCAGCCUGCUGGAGGAACUCGCCAACACACGAUCUCAGGAGCGGGCCGCAGCAGCGACGGAGGUGCGCAAGACCGACAGCGACACCAACACCACUGGACAGCCCACAGCAGCUGCACAGACCCAGCCGGCAGCCAACGAGGCGGGAGCUCCCUCGCCAGGCACCACCAAGUAACACACCAUCCACCAGACAGACAGACAGACAGGAGACACACGCGUGUGUCCUAUUUUCCUCUCUCCCUCCCUCCCUCCCUGCCAGCCGUCUGCUGGAUGCGCCCGACACGGUGGCGUCCACCAUGACGUCUGACCAGAUGGCGGCCCAGCUGGUUUUGGCGACGGGCAACGUGCUGGGCCGCCUCGUGCGCGAGAAGAAGGCCUUUGAGCAGGAGGCCGCGGCGAUGAAGGCCGAGGUCGCAGCUCUCAAGGGCUCGUGUGUCGUGUGGUAAGUACGUCAGAGGGAGGGAGGGAGGGAGAGAGACACAGGCUGAUGGCUGAUGGCUGUUGCCUUGGUUUGUGUGUGUGUGUGUGUGUGUGUGCAGUCAGGAGGAGAGCAGGACACAUGUGUGUGUGCCGUGCGGCCACGUGCUCGUCUGUGGCAACUGUGCCCUGCGGAUGGAGAAAGCUGGUGGGUGGGCACAUUAUGUAUUCACAACGGCCGACAGACACACAACACACGAGCGCUGUGUUUGUGCGUGCAGGCAUUCACAUGAUGAAGUGCCCCGUGUGUCGCAAUGAGUGCACAUCCUUCAUCAAACUCAUCCCUGACGCAUAGCCGCCCUCAGACACACAACACACAACACACACACACGUGUGCACUAAAUGAGUCACUGCGUAGAGUAGGUGAGGUUGCGGGGGGAGGUGGGGCGCGGCGCAGGGGAGUCAGUAGCAGUGGAUAGGGCUGUGCGCACUCGUGGUGUGUGUCAUCUGAUGGGAUGGAUGGAUGGACGACACCAGUACUGUAACGAAUUCCUAAGAAUGCAC